AUGACCCUUACAAAAGAGGAAAAGACAAAACUGGAGGAGACAGUCCGAAAAUAUAGAAUUCAGUUUCUAGGUGAUGUGUCACAGGAUGAAUGGCCUGAAGGUCAUUACCAAACCUUGAAAUCUAUCCAAGAGCUUGGGAUAAAACAAUUUGAUACUUAUGCCGUGGAUUCGACGCUGAUAGAUGAUGAACCUUGGAAGUUAGAUGUAAAGCGUCAAGCAAAACAACUAGUGGAACGAGCCAAACGCUGCCCUCGGCGAAAUGAAUCGACAUGGCGGUCUACCUGCGAGCCUUAUGUCCUUGCGCGUCUCACUGCAGAAGUUGUUUGCAUGGCUUGUCGCAAAAGAGUCUGGAGGGCAGAAAUUGAAGCUUCCCGAGAUCAUGUGUCCAAUACAGCAGAAGCCUUACGUGCGCGUCAAAGAAAACGCGAACCAUGCCGCUGUCCCCGAUAUGCAAGAGAGCGGGAUCCGAUUGAAGCUGUCGGCCUGAACCAGAUAUUUGGACAUCGGGAAGACGAACAUAUUCAAUAUGAAAAAGAAAUCCUUUCUGCAUUCCCUAGUAUUCCAAAAAAACCUGAUGCGAUAUUUGGUCUACGACAUACUCGGAAUAUUGAAAAUCUCUUAAAUGAUACAGCUCGUAUUGGAACAAGGAAAGACCAAGAUGGGCUCUUAGUUCAAGAGCUCCUAGGACCAUCACCAAUCAGCAAGGAAGGCGAUUCAUUGAGCUUUCCAUUUCUCGUACUGGAAGCAAAGUCUGGGAGAGCCGGGGAAAGCGAUUGGUAUUCAAUUCAGUUACAAUCCGCUUUUCCGGUGUGGACGCUAUUGAAUACACAAAAGUCACUAAAAACACUCACGGGAAAUUCCUCGAGAGGGAAGACAUCCCCAUUAGUCUGGUUGUUGAUGAAUCGAGGUGAAGACUGGCGUGUGUGUGCAGCGUCCAUAUUCAACUGUGGUAUCACUGGGCCAGCGGCAGUUGAUACUUCAUAUUGUCGUAUUUUUGACCUCUGGGCAGGCACUAUCACAUCUAGGAACGGGGCCCUGCAACUCUUGCUAAUCGUCGACCAUAUAUUUGAAUGGGCCCGUGAUAUUUAUCGGGAAGAUAUAAAGAGAGAACUCAGAGUCAUUGCGUCAGGCGAUAAUGAUGCUGCUAGUCUCAUCUCUCCAGACACCGAUAUCCAUUCAACAAUCACACUUCCACGGUAUGAGAUUACGAACACAAGCGGCACAGAUGGGGCAAACUCGUUUAUUCAAGGCGUUAAGGCUUUCCAAGAUUUAGACAGUUCCAAUGGAAUUGUUCGUCAUGCUACAUUUAUUGAGACGCAGUACCGUUGUUUACUCGUGACCGGGGAUAAUGCAGACACCUUACUGCGGUCAAACGACACAAAAAGCACAAGACGUUUGGUCCGGCUUGUGUUGAAGCAGUUGGCGACAGAGGAGUGCCUACUCCUUGACAGCGAAAAAACACUGAAUGAGAUCGAGGAACUGUGGACCGGGCAAUCUCGUAUCCUCCAGCGCUACCAACCCGGCCCGACCAAGUUAUACGCUCUUGUUACAUACGCCUACUACCUAAUGCCGGAUUGGCAGAUGGUUAGGGAGCUAGUCGUUAUUGCGGUCGCACAAGAUGCUUUGGUGAAAUUAAUAGAAGCAUCAGACUAUAAGUCACGUACAACAGCCACUCUACAGCCCCCUGUUCUCUCUGAGUGCAAUCCUGAUAAGUUGAAAGACUUCAUCACAGAGAUUAAGAUAAGCUGCCCAAGGGAUACACUCCUUUCAGCUCUUUUACGGGUUUCUGAGACGAUAUGUAGUCAAGAGUCUGAAGUUUUCUUGAAGCGAAAUGAUGGUAUGGCAAGAGACAUUGUCCAAUACAUCUACGAGAGAUUUAAAAGAGGACAGGUAGAACCCCAGGAACCAUUUCUCAGAGCGUCAAGCUUCUUAGACCAGACACACUUGGUUGACUCUGAAACGAAUCCUGAUAAUCGAUAUCAUGAUCUGGAAGUGUCCUCUCAUGGAUGUGUUCUCGUCUAUGCUGAAAGUCACAAGCAUGACUCUGGAAGAGCGCGGUUGAGCUCCAUAGCCGCAUUCUUUACUGAUGGACCUCCGCAAGUCCCCAACAUGCCAUUUCUAGGUACGGCGAUCAAAGAUGCCUACGAGAACCAUGAUGUCUACCACACAUCUCGAAUAUUCAGGCCCAUCAAUAUCAACGCACUCCAGAAAAGGGGACGCAUCCGUUGGAAUAUCGUAGACAGCUAUGGCAUAUAUAGCAAUGGUUUUGAGUUCGUCGAUUGGAUUCGUACACUAGGAUGUGAUCCUCCUUUGCGACAAGGCUCGUUGCGUGAUAGCAGUUUGUCAAUAUUUAGCCGCUGUUUGUUUCCCUUUCACGAGCCUGGGUACAUUUAUGGGAACAGACAUAUACGGGCAUUCAUUAUCUACAAAAAUGUCAGCCGUGAAAUUCAAUACUGGAGGUCCAUCGCCCAGGACCGCUUUGAUGAGGGUAUUAUAUGUUGUGAGCUAUGCGGUGGGGAUGAAUGUCUGGAGGAUCUAUGCGAAAUUUGCAGCCGGGGUCUCAUCUUUAGCAAGCUUCGGAGCUUAAAUUGGUUUCGCAAGGCCAUCCAAGGACAACAAGCAAUUGAUCAUGUUCCUUUCCAUGAUUUUGGUAAUUGGCAAGCAGGCCAAGAGCGUUUAGGUUUUGACUCUCACGGGGGAGAUGUAAAUGACGAGUUCGAGAGCGCACUCAGUAUUUACGAAGAUCUGGACGAAGAUUUCGACGACUUAUUGCAGUUGAAAAUACAAACAAUGAAAUUUUUAAACCUUUACGACAGGAUCCGAUGGCCACGCACCAAUAUACAAGAGAGCGGUGACGGCACAUCAUCCAGAAAACGGAAGAGAACUUUAAGUGUGACUUCUGGGGAUUCUGCCUAG